AACUCGCAUGCGAUUUUUAAUUAUUAUAAGAUUGUCCAUCUCUAAUUCACAUAUCACACGUGCGUCUGCUUUGUUUUGUUUACAUUUUUUGAUCUUCAAAAUGAGCACCGCAAGUAACAAGAAAGUGGUAAUAAAUAAACGGGUAAAAGGCCUGCCACGAGAGGCUUUAGAAAAACUGAGCCAAACGGAGCUGAUCGACAAGAUAGUCCAACUGGAAGCUUAUAAUUUUCAGCUCCGAAAUCUGCUACAGAAAAAGCUUACUGAUCAGGAUAAAGACAAUGAGGAGUACGCACUAUUGUUUGCCAAGGACACGGAUGCUACGGUAUCCAAAGAUGCAAAAAUAUCCAGCCGCCAGCAGCAGCGAAAAUUCGAUUGGAGCAAUGCUCACCGUCGUCAUGUUUUGCUGAAAGUGAGUUACUUUGGCUGGGACUAUCAGGGAUUGGCUUGCCAGGAGGACUCCAACGACACUAUUGAAUCCCAUUUGUUUCGGGCUUUGACGAGGACGUGUCUCAUUGAAUCGCGCGCCACAUCCAACUAUCAUCGUUGCGGUCGCACCGACAAGGAGGUGAGUGCUUUCUGCCAGGUGAUCUCUAUCGAUUUGCGCAGCAAACACCCGCCCGAAAGCCAACUAGAUGCCACUUCUAUAUCAUCCGAAAUCGACUACUGUGGCCUGCUGAAUCGUGUCUUGCCCAAGAAUAUACAGUGCGUGGCCUGGAUGCCGCUGCGUAGUCCUGUUUACAGUGCACGAUUCGAUUGUGUAGCUCGUACCUAUCGCUACUACUUUCCCAAAGGUGACCUGGACAUUCCGGCCAUGCAAGAGGCCUGUAAUCAUCUGGUGAGGCACGCUGACUUUAGAAAUUUCUGCAAAAUGGAUGUCCAUAAUGGGGUGACGAACUACACCCGAAACUUGCAGUCGGCCAGGGUGGAGGCCUGCGAGGAGACACUAACUGAUUCCGGUUACGACAUGUAUUAUUUGGAAAUUCAAGCUAAUGCUUUUCUUUGGCACCAAAUACGAUGCAUCAUGGCCGUUUUAAUCUUGGUUGGUCAGAAAAAGGAGAAGCCGAGCGUUGUUACCGAUCUGCUGGAUGUGGAGGUCAAUCCUUGUAAGCCCCAGUACACGCCUGCCAUUGGUUUGCCUCUGAACCUCUUUCGGUGCGAUUUUCGAGACAAGACUACGAGGAGUGUAACGCAUCCUGAUGCUGGAGAUGCAGGUGACGAUGCCAUGGACACUGAACCAGAAGUAGGAGGAGACAGUAAUGCUGAAAAUCCUUCAAAAGAAAGCGAUGUCACUGAAUGGGUGUACAAUGAGGAAAACCUUCAAAAGCUUAUCGAAAACACACAAUGUGAGUGGGCACAAUUCAGUGUCAAGAGUACGAUGAUUCGGAAUGUACUCCACCAGUUAGAGAACGUCUUAGAGGAUAACUUUAAGCCCGCGGAAAAGGUUCAGGCGCAAGUAAUCUUGCUGCAGGAUUCGGUCAAGCCGCGUCAAUAUCAACCGCUCUUGGAGCGAAAGCGUUGUGAGAGCCUGGAGAACCGUAUAGAGCAUUUUGUCAAGAAGCAAAGGUUGAUAGUUAAGUAAGAGACUGUAACCCACAAUAAUAGAUUCAAUAAAAUUGUAAAUACAAACCAAAA